AACUGCCAGUACAGAGUGGAACAAGGUGGAGAAGCCCUGCAAGAGUUUGACCUGGAGAAGAUCCAGCGGCAGGUCAUGAGCCGAUUUCUGCAGGGCAAGCCCAGGCUUACGCUGAAGGGACUACCCACUCUGGUAUAUCGACAGGACUGGAACUAUGAGCAUCUUUUCCUGGACAUCAAGAACAAGAUGCCACAGAGCACUCUCCCCGACACGGUCCUCAGCGCCCUCCGUGGACAGCUGCAGUCCUUCAGCGACGCCUGUGAAGCUCUGUCGGUCACAGAAGUCACCUUGGGCUUUCUGAGCACAGCGGGUGGUGACCCCAACAUGCCCUUGAAGGAGUAUAUCCAGGACGUCCUGCGAAUGCGUGAUCAGACAAGCCCUGCUUUACAGGCAGUGCACCUGGAUGUGGCUGAGGAACAAGCCGAUGCCUGAGGAUUCUGAAGGACCGGAGGAGGGAGGAUCAUUCAGAGGAGUUUGAAGCUGAAGCAAGGGCAUCAGCAGCCUGCAAUAGGGAUGGUGUCACACGGCACAGAGAAGUGUACAGAGCAGAAAGGACCGUGUGGAAGAGCAGUCAGACCCACUGCCU